CGCGUUGUGGGCUCUGCCUGGAGCUCCAACCAGCCUGAAUGCUGUCAGCCUUCUCAUGCUCCCAUUGCUUGCCCACCGACCUCCAAUCUUUCCAACCCAAACAACCGUCAUCUAGCCUCACUUCCUCGAUUCUCCCAAGGUUAGCCAAACAAAGCAACCAUGUCGCGGAGAUACGAUUCCCGAACAACCAUCUUCUCCCCCGAAGGUCGCCUCUACCAGGUCGAAUAUGCCCUAGAGGCCAUUUCGCAUGCCGGCACUGCCAUCGGAAUUCUCGCCAAGGACGGAAUUGUCCUCGCCGCCGAGCGGAAAGUCACCUCCAAGCUACUAGAGCAGGACACCUCGGCGGAGAAGCUGUACAUUCUCAAUGAUAACAUGAUCUGCGCCGUCGCCGGCAUGACCGCUGACGCCAACAUCCUGAUCAACUACGCCCGGCAAGCCGCGCAGCGGUACCUCCUGACCUACAACGAAGACAUCCCGUGCGAGCAGCUCGUGCGGCGGCUGUGCGAUCUGAAGCAGGGGUACACACAACACGGUGGUCUGCGGCCGUUCGGCGUCUCCUUCAUCUACGCCGGCUGGGACCCGCAGCGACAGUUCCAGCUCUACCUCAGCAACCCGUCUGGCAACUACGGCGGCUGGAAGGCGACGAGCGCCGGCGCCAACAAUGCCAGCGCCCAGAGCCUUCUGAAGCAGGACUACAAGGAGGAUUGCACCCUCCAAGAGGCUUGUGGUGUGGCGGUCAAGGUUUUGAGCAAGACGAUGGACUCUACGAAGCUGAGCGCUGAGAAGAUUGAGUUUGCCACGGUUGGCCAGACGAGCGACGGAAAGAUCUAUCACAGGCUGUGGAGCGCGGACGAAAUCACGGCGUUAUUGAAGGAGCAUGACCUCGCCAAGGAAGAGAGCGCAGAGGAUAAAUAGAUCGGGAAGGCAGAGAUAGAUGGGGCGAAGGCGAUGACCUUUGAGUGUCAUGUGUACUAAUACAAUGAAUGGCCAAAUAUGGCAAUCAGGCCUGCAUGCCAUUUCCCAAGAGAAGACAUCCAUGAUACCACUGCUCUGCGGCCGUAUAAUUAUGGUAUAUGAUAGUCAACUUGACGAUAUGAUUUGGAGAAAAAUUAUUAGUCCGUCUAGAGAGCACAAGUGAUCAGUAUCUUGUCGCGUCAACGUUGAGAUAAUGGACGCAAUUCAAGC